AUGGUAGCACUAUUUCAUGACAUGAUGCAUAAAGAAAUUGAAGUGUAUGUAGAUGAUAUGGUAGCUGAAUCAGCAGAGAAUGAGAGUCAUCUUGAAGUCCUUAGAAAGCUAUUUGUAAGAUUGCGCGAAUAUCGGCUAAGAUUAAAUCCUAACAAAUGCAUCUUUAGAGCUCUUUCUGGGAAGUUAUUAGGAUUCAUUAUGAGUCGUAAAGGGAUAGAAGUAGAUCCAGAUAAAGUGAGGGCAAUUCAAGAAAUGCCAUCUCCCCAAACAGAGAAAGAAGUUAGAAGUUUCUUGGGACGAUUGAAUUACAUUGCUAGAUUCAUUGCCAAUCUAACAGCUACUUAUGAAUCGAUGUUUAAGCUAUUGAAGAAAAAUUGUAGGGAGAUAUGGGAUGAUAAUUGUCAAAAGGCCUUUGAUAAAAUUAAAGAUUAUUUGUUAAAUCCCCCAAUUUUGGUCCCUCCAUCACCAUAUCGUCCACUAAUCCUAUACUUGGCAACUUUACCUUGCUCAAUGGGAGCAAUGCUAGGUCAACAUGAUGAUUCUGGAAAGAAGGAAAGAGCAAUUUAUUUCUUGAGCAAAAAGUUUAACGAUUGUGAAGCUCGUUAUCCAAUGAUUGAACGAACUUGUUGUGGACUAGUAUGGGCAACCAGAAGGCUAAGGCAAUACAUGCUUUACUACACUACCUGGCUAAUCUCACGAGUAGACCCACUUAAGUACAUCUUUGAGAGCCCGCACAUUACAGUCAAAGGUAGUGCAAUAGCAGAUCACUUGGCCGAUAAUCCUUUAAAGGAUGACCAGCCAUUAGAUUUUCAAUUUCCUAAUAAAAGCAUAUGCAUUAUAGAAGAAGGUUGUGAUGAAGGAAAUGAUGAAGAGCAAGAAUGGAAAAUGUAUUUUGAUGGAGCCGCCAACAUGCAUAGAAAUAGGGUAAGAGCGGUGAUAAUUUCACCAGAAGGAAAACAAUUUCCAGUGGCCAUCAAAUUAGAAUUUGAUUGUACUAACAAUAUAGCAGAAUAUGAAGCUUGUGUUAAUGGUCUUCGAGCAGCUAUUACCCUUGGUAUACAGUGUUUGAAGUUAUUUGGUGAUUCAACUCUCAUUAUUCACCAAGUAACAGGAGAAUGGAGGACAAAGGAUGUAAAAUUGAUUCCCUAUCAAGAACUCUUAACAAAUUUGAUUAAGCAAUUUGAGGUUAUUAGCUUUCAUCACUUGACUCAAGAUAAAAAUCAUUUCGCUGAUGCUUUAGCCACUUUAGCAGUAAUGAUCCAACUUGAUUGUGGAAUCCAUGUCCAACCCAUUCAAGUAGAAGCUAGAAGCUUUCCAGCAUAUUGUCUGAAUGUUGAAGAAGAUCAAGAAGAAUAUCCUUGGUUCUUGGAUAUUAAGGACUAUAUCACUAAGAGAUCAUACCCAAUUGGAAUGAUUGAGAAUGAAAAGAAAACCCUUCGUCGUUUGGCUAUGACAUUCUUUAUCAGUAAAGAUGUUCUGUACAAGAGGGGUUAUGAUGUUACCUUACUUCGCUUUGUGAGUUUAGAAGAAGCAAAGAAAAUCAUGGUUGAGGUACACGAGGGCAUAUGUGGCACACAUGCGAAUGGUCACACUAUGGCCAAAUAG